UCAAGUGAAAUAGAAGAACAGUAAUAAAGAUAUUAUAUACACUUCUGCUUUCUCUAAUUUCUUUUCUAUUUUUAAUUCUUAUUACAGUUUUUCAGGCGGAUACAAGGUUCAUUUAUCAUUUCUGUUUGCAUAAUGACACAUCACUUCUCCUUGUUUGAACUUCCUCAAUUAUUUAAUGCUAGUUUCUGCACCGGCACUUUCAGAUGACCGGUUUUCUGUUCUCAUCUUAAAAUAACUUUUAUCCUUGAAAUAAUGGAGCAGUAUGGAGGAAAACCGUGUCAGCGGCAUUAUGGGCUGGUUUCGUCAACAUUUUGGGAAACAAAGAAAUAAUUUGGACCAAUGUAAACGCUCUCAGAGAGACAUCCCAUCUAUAAGCAGUUCCAGCUGCUCAUCUGGAAACUCUGACUACACACCCAGCUCAUUAAGGGAGUCUUGCACAUCCUCAAAGUCCCAGUCAGCCACCUCAGAAAAACCUCUGCCCACUGUUCUUUUCUCAACCUUCCGUUCAACUCUCAGAUACGACGUUUGUUUGUGUCACAGUGAUAAAGACAUCGAACAAGCACAAGGUUUGGCAUCCUUUCUAGAAGACCCUUCAAAAGGUCUGCGCUGUUACCUGCAUGAAAGAGAUUGUUCACUAGGUGGAGCUGUGUUCACAGAGCUACUGCAGGCUUUGCAUAACAGCCACUGCUGGGUGUUACUUUUCACCCCAAACUUCCUAACGGAUGACUUUUGCUCGUACCAGAUGCACCAGGCCCUGUCUGAAGGGCCAAUGUCACAGAGGAUCAUCCCCACUAUACUAAAUUUACCAAGAACUGAGCUCCCACAGGAACUGCGCUUUGUUUUUAGUGUGGAUUUAAAUAGGAACAAAGAGUUUGGCUACAUUCAGAUCUACAACACUGUACUAAAUUACUUAACGGAACGCCUUGAGAAGGAAGAGUCCUGCAAUGUGUCUCAGUCAGAUAACUGAGAAGAGCGUCAAAAUAAAGAUGUCAUUUACUUUUAAGUGUCAAGAUUAAGUUAAGUUCAUUGUAUCUUAGACCACAAUGAAAAUAAUAUUCACUUCCAGGAAGUGACAUCCACACGAGCCAAGUUGUAUUGUAACAUUCCCACACACUAUAUAAAGGUAAUUUUCCCUCAUAAAUAAAGUUUACAUAUAAACAAAUAUAAGUAAACACAUACACUCACAUGAGUCAAGAAAUCCUAAGUUCUGAGUCACAUUCAACCAAAUGCAAUCAUUUUGUUUUAUGUAAAACGUAUACGCAUGUUAUGCAUAGAAUAAGGCCCAAUGAGUGCACUUUUAAACUGGCACAUAUUUUGUAAAUAUUUAUGUUUCUUAUAAUGUGAUGUGGGUGUGCGUGGUAAAUUAAUAUUGUCAGUAUUGUUUGAGAUGUAAACAAUAUUAUUUUAUUUAGUUUAUCCUACUUGAGAGGUUAAGAAUUUAGUUUUUUUUUGUGUAAUAUAUAGGCACGGAUAGAAAGUCAUAAGAUCAAGCAUGAUGGAGCGUAUGCUAUCCGUUCUGAUUUUGGGUCAUAGUCAGAUUAAGACUUAUAUAACACAACCUACAAGCAACAACUGAUUUUAACAACAUGGUUUUGAUAACGCGUUAAUCUUCUCUCAAUUUUUCAAGCAGUGUAGUAAAGGCACUGCAAGUAUCAAUUACAUAGCAAUAAUUAUGUUAACUGUAAUGCAUAAUCACAUCAGUAUUAUACAGUAUGCAGAUUAUUGAUUGCUUUAGAGGUCAUGAUGAUCUUGGCUUUCUGUCUGGUGCCAUUUAUGCUCCAUUCUGUGCCAGAUGACUCAUAGCAUUGCAGUGGUUUAGAAGGGCCUUAAGCCACAGUUAGAUGUGCCAUGUGAACCACUGGGACACCAAAAAAAAAAAAAAAAAAAAAAAAAAUACAACGGUUGGUCUGGUUGCAAAAGCAAGAUUAAAUUUUCUGGGCAAACAACAUGGUAUUUGUAAUAAUUCCCGCUGGCAAAUAUGCCUCAAUAUUGUGUCAUAAAAGCCAACAUUGAAUUGCUUAAAUCCAUCUUCCAUCCAUCGCUUUUCUCAAUUUGGAUCAUCAUAGAAGACUAUUGUAUUUUGUUAUUCUGCAACGAACUGCCCUGCAGUUACACAGCCAAAAUUAGAGUUAAGCAUGUGCAUUAUUGCAAAGCCUUGCAUCAGUAGAUUUGAGAGAAAUAGAAAGAGCUAAAUUGUUGGGGGAUUAAACAAGAUUAUUCCGGAUUUAAUAAUAAACUGACUGUAUGAAAGACUGCUAUAAUGUUAGUUUUGUGUCUUGUAUAUGUACAUAGAGUGGUAUCAAAAGUCAGAGACCU